UUAUCAGUAUCCUAUUUAUCAGUGCCACAUUGUUUAACUAAUGAGCUAAGACAUUUAUUUACACUUUGAUUUAUUAUUGCGUAGCCGCAAACGAGUGCUCGUGAUUCACAAGUGUAUUUCUCGUGGGUAGGUUAUAUGUACUUCCCCGUGAUUUCCACGCAGUCAGUUUGGUAACAUUAUCGGCUAUAAAUACAGAGGAAUUAAUCUACAAAAUAGUAGUUUGGUAUAAAAAAAUAAAAAUGAGAGUGGUAGUACUAUUGAGUUUUGUAAUAAUUUUCAUCGUGUCGUCAUGCUGGGCCCGCGACAUGAUAGUAGGUACCAGUUUCAAUACGCAAUUGGUUUGGCAACAAAAAGCAGAGUACAGAGCUAUACCUUUUAAGAAGAGGGUUAAAGAAGUUUUCUUCUCUAAUCCUGGUCUACAAACUAUCAGGGGUGUUAUAGCCAGAGAUUUGGACCACACCGACGCAAUCGGAACAAUAACUGCCGGAGGCGUGGGCUCUACUUUUGUAAACAUUCGUUUGAAGAGCGAACGCGGAGGAAGCCUGAAUUAUCAAAUCGAAAUUUAUGUUUAGAUUGAUUAUUUAUUUAUUGACCAUGACGACUUGUACAAAUAAAUUACGUGCAUAAUUGAG